AUGCUGGCCACACGACAGGUCCUGGGCAAUGUCGCCCGUUCGCCGCGGGUGCUGGCCACCAUGGGCCUCCACAGGACCAUGGCCACCGUCUCCGACUCUCCUCUCGACAAGAAGGUCAAGCAAAACAACUGGGAAGACAACACCUUUAUCAACUACAAGAAGAUGUCAGAGAACCUGGCCAUCGUGCGCAGCCGUCUAAACCGACCCCUGACCUACGCCGAGAAGAUCCUGUACUCUCACCUUGACGACCCGCACGGCCAGGACAUCCAGCGAGGUGUCUCGUACCUCAAGUUGCGACCUGACCGUGUUGCUUGCCAGGAUGCCACCGCGCAGAUGGCCAUCCUGCAGUUCAUGUCUGCCGGUAUGCCCCAGGUGGCAAACCCUACCACCGUCCACUGCGACCACUUGAUCGAGGCUCAGAUCGGUGGGCCCAAGGAUUUGAAGCGGGCUAUCGACAUCAACAAGGAGGUCUACGACUUCUUGUCCUCGGCAUGCGCCAAGUACGACAUUGGGUUCUGGAGACCCGGUUCCGGUAUCAUCCACCAGAUUCUUCUCGAGAACUACGCUUUCCCCGGUGGUCUGCUUAUCGGCACUGACUCGCACACGCCCAACGCUGGUGGUCUGGGCAUGUGCGCCAUCGGUGUCGGUGGUGCUGACGCUGUCGAUGUCAUGGCCAACCUGCCCUGGGAGCUGAAGGCACCCAAGUACAUUGGUGUCAAGCUUACCGGCCAGAUGUCUGGCUGGACUUCGCCCAAGGAUAUCAUCCUGAAGGUCGCCGGCAUUCUAACGGUCAAGGGCGGAACAGGUGCGAUUGUCGAGUACCACGGACCCGGCACGGAGACGCUCUCGUCAACCGGAAUGGGUACGAUUUGUAAUAUGGGUGCCGAAAUCGGUGCCACGACGUCGCUUUUCCCCUUCAACGACCGCAUGUACGACUACCUGGCUGCUACCAAGCGAUCCGCUAUUGGCGAUUUUGCGCGUACCUACGCCAAGGAGCUGCGCGAGGACCAGGGUGCUGAAUACGACCAGCUUAUCGAGAUUAACCUCUCCGAGCUCGAGCCGCACAUCAACGGACCCUUCACUCCUGACUUGGCCACUCCUAUCUCCAAGUUCAGCGAGGCCGCCAAGGCCAACAACUGGCCAGAAGAAUUGAAGGUUGGUCUAAUCGGAUCCUGCACCAACUCUUCGUACGAAGAUAUGACCCGCGCCGCCUCGAUCGCCCGCGACGCUCUGGACCAUGGUAUCAAGGCGAAGUCGGCCUUCACUGUCACUCCCGGCUCGGAGCAGAUCCGUGCUACUAUUGCCCGUGACGGUCAGCUGCAGACCUUUGAGGAAUUCGGUGGUAUGGUCCUCGCAAACGCAUGUGGUCCCUGCAUUGGUCAGUGGGACCGCCAGGACGUGAAGAAGGGCGAAGCCAACUCGAUUAUCUCGUCCUACAACCGUAACUUUACCGGCCGAAACGACGGCAACCCUGCUACCCACUCUUUCGUCACCUCGCCUGACUUGGUCGUCGCCAUGACCAUUGCCGGCUCCCUCCACUUCAACCCCCUGACCGACACGCUCAAGGACAAGGAUGGCAAGGAGUUCAAGCUGUCUCCUCCCAGCGGAGACGCUCUUCCCAACCGUGGUUACGACCCUGGCAACGACACCUACCAAGCGCCCCCGGCUGAUCGUUCGUCGGUCAGCGUCCAAGUCUCGCCCUCUUCCGACCGUCUCCAGGUCCUGAAGCCGUUCAACGCGUGGGACGGUAAGGAUGCUCUGGACAUGCCCAUUCUGAUCAAGGCUCAGGGCAAGACCACCACUGACCACAUCUCGAUGGCUGGCCCGUGGCUCAAGUACCGUGGACACUUGGACAACAUCUCGAACAACAUGUUGAUCGGUGCCAUCAACGAGGCCAACGGCGAGGCGAAUAAGGUCAAGAACACAACCAACGGGGAGUGGAACGCGGUGCCGGCUGUGGCCCGUGACUACAAGAGCAAGGGCAUCAAGUGGGUUGUCAUUGGCGACUGGAACUACGGCGAGGGAAGCUCUCGAGAGCACGCUGCUUUGGAGCCCCGACAUCUUGGUGGUCUUGCCAUCAUCACCCGAAGCUUCGCCCGUAUCCACGAGACCAACCUGAAGAAGCAGGGUAUGCUUCCGCUCACCUUUGCGGAGCCGGCCGACUACGACAAGAUCAAGCCCGAGGACAGAAUUGACCUGAUGUGCACGGAAAUAGCUGUCGGCAAGCCCAUGACGAUGAAGGUUCACCCCAAGGACGGCGAGGCGUUUGAGGUGAAGCUGAACCACACGUUCAACGAGCCUCAGAUCGAGUGGUUCAAGAACGGAAGCGCACUGAACACGAUGGCCAAGAACGCAUCGUAA